GCCUCACGAUUGGGGUUUUCACAUUAAGCAUAGCGCAAAACUCUUAUCUGCGAAACCCUAAACCAAAAAAUGGCGGAAAGAGCUCCGGUGGAGUCCGUACAAUGUUUCGGUCGGAAGAAGACAGCGGUAGCCGUAACCUACUGCAAGAGAGGUCGUGGUCUAAUCAAGAUCAAUGGCUGUCCCAUCGAGCUUGUUGAGCCCGAGAUCCUCCGUUUCAAGGCCGUCGAGCCAAUCCUCCUCCUCGGUCGCCAACGUUUCGCUGGCGUUGACAUGAGGAUCCGAGUGAAAGGCGGAGGCCACACUUCUCAGAUCUACGCCAUCCGUCAAAGCAUUGCUAAAGCCCUCGUCGCUUUUUACCAAAAGUACGUCGAUGAGCAAAGCAAGAAGGAGAUUAAGGAUAUUUUGGUCAGGUACGAUAGGACUUUGCUGGUGGCUGAUCCGAGGAGGUGCGAGCCCAAGAAAUUCGGUGGAAGAGGUGCUAGGGCAAGGUUCCAGAAAAGUUACCGUUGAAAAAAUUUUAUGGUUUGUUUGGAAAACUGGGUUUUGUUGUUUCAAGAUAUGAUAUGGUGUUAUGCUCAUUUUGAACUAAGUUCUGUUAUGUGGGAUAAAAUUAGCUAUGACUGAGUUUCAGAAUUUUAAACGUUUGUUUUGCUUUAAUGUUAAUUCAGACUCAUUGCAUAAAUCUAUAGAUAUUAGCCUAAGGUUAUUGUGGUUUUUUA